UCCCACCUGCCGCUGCUAUUCCGGGUGUCCCCGUCCCGCUGUCCCCGUCCCGCCUCGCCGUCCCUGGCAGGGGACAGCGGGCACCGCCAGCCCCAGGUGUGUCCCUCCCAGCGCAGGCAGCGGCACAUCGCGGGCGGGCUGGGCAGCGAGGGGACGGAGCGUGCGGGGCAUCCCGUCCCCAGGGGCUACACGUGGGGACACCGCAGGAUGGACGGGGACACGGGCAGGUCCAGGAUGGAACAUUCCUGCUCACUCCUGCUGCUCUGUGUUAGUUUCAUUUUUGCACGAGCUCUGCCACCCAAUGGAACAGAACUGCCCAAAACAACCACAGCCACCAACUCCACCGAGGAGAACACCCUGCACAAGGAGCUGCUGACUUCCCUGCUGAUCCUGGUGCUGGUGGUGAUCAUUUUCGUGGUGCUGGUGGGGUAUUUUUUCAGGUUCAGGAGACACAGGAAAGCUGUGGUCAGCUCUGGGGACAAGAAGAUGCCAAAUGGGAUCUUGGAAGAACAAGAACAGCAGCGGGUGAUGCUGCUCAGCAGGUCUCCCUCGGGCCCCAGGAAGUAUUUCCCCAUCCCUGUGGAAAACCUGGAGGAGGAAAUCCGGAUACGCUCGGCCGACGAGGGCAAGCUCUUCAGGGAGGAGUUUAAUUCAUUAACGUCUGGAUAUGUGCAGGGAACGUUUGAAAUGGCAAAUAAGGAGGAGAACAGGGAGAAGAACAGAUAUCCCAACAUCCUGCCAUAUGACCAUUCCAGAGUGAUUUUGACCCAAAUUGAUGGAGUCCCACCUUCAGACUACAUCAAUGCUUCAUACAUAGAUGGUUACAAAGAAAAGAAUAAAUUCAUAGCAGCACAAGGACCCAAGCAGGAAACAGUCAAUGACUUCUGGAGGAUGAUCUGGGAGCAGAAGUCAGCCAUUAUUGUCAUGUUAACCAACCUGAAAGAAAGGAAGGAGGAGAAGUGUUUCCAGUACUGGCCCGACCAGGGCUGCUGGACGUACGGCAGUGUCCGUGUGUCCGUGGAGGACUCCGUGGUGCUGGUGGAUUACACUGUCCGCAAGUUCUGCGUGCACUCGCUCCAGGAGGGAUGCAAAGCUCCAAGGCUGGUCACCCAGCUCCACUUCACCAGCUGGCCGGAUUUUGGGGUACCUUUCACACCUAUUGGCAUGCUGAAAUUCCUGAAAAAAGUCAAGACCUUGAAUCCUGCCCAUGCUGGGCCCAUUGUGGUUCACUGCAGCGCGGGCGUGGGGCGCACGGGCACCUUCAUCGUCAUCGACGCCAUCAUCGACAUGAUGCACGCCGAGCACAGGGUGGAUGUCUUUGACUUCGUCUGCAGGAUCCGCAACCAGCGGCCCCAGAUGGUGCAGACUGAUAUGCAAUAUUCCUUCAUUUACCAAGCCUUACUCGAGUACUACCUCUAUGGUGACACAGAGCUGGAUGUGUCAUCCCUGGAAAAACACCUCCAGACUUCCCAAAAUGCAGCCCCAAACCUGGUCAAAAUAGGCCUGGAAGAGGAAUUUAAAAAGCUGACCAACGUGCGCAUCAUGAAGGAGAACAUGAGGACUGGCAACCUCCCAGCCAACAUGAAGAAAGCCAGAGUCAUCCAGAUCAUCCCCUAUGAUUUUAACAGGGUGAUUCUGUCCAUGAAAAGAGGGCAGGAGUACACAGACUACAUCAAUGCUUCCUUCAUAGAUGGCUAUCGGCAGAAGGAUUAUUUCAUUGCCACCCAGGGCCCCCUCCCUCACACGGUGGAGGAUUUCUGGAGGAUGGUGUGGGAGUGGAAGUGCCACACCAUCGUGAUGCUCACCGAGGUCCAGGAGAGGGAGCAGGAAAAAUGCUGCCAGUACUGGCCAUCAGAGGGCUCUGUGACUCACGGAGAGAUCACGGUGGAAAUCAAGAGUGACAGCCUGAUGGAUGCCAUCAGCGUGAGGGAUUUCCUGGUCACCUAUAAUCCGAGCAACCAGGAGAAGCAGAGCAGGCUGGUCAGGCAGUUCCACUUCCACGGGUGGCCGGAGAUCGGGAUUCCUGCCGAAGGGAAGGGCAUGAUCGACCUCAUUGCAGCUGUGCAGAAGCAGCAGCAGCAGACAGGGAACCACCCCAUCACUGUGCACUGCAGUGCUGGAGCAGGGAGAACAGGAACCUUCAUAGCCCUGAGCAACAUCCUGGAGCGGGUCAAGGCUGAGGGGCUCCUGGACGUGUUCCAGGCUGUGAAGAGCUUGAGGCUGCAGAGGCCACACAUGGUGCAAACACUGGAACAGUAUGAAUUCUGCUACAGAGUGGUACAAGAUUUCAUCGACAUCUUUUCAGAUUAUGCUAAUUUCAAAUGAGAAUUCUGCCUUAUUUUUUAAUUUGUCUGUAUAAAUAGUUGUAUAUUAUGUUAAUUUAUUCUUUGUCACUUGGAUUGUUGACUGAACUGUAAAUACAACGUUGUGCUGGCUCUAAAAGUUGCAUUUGCUGUAUAAAGUUGUUUCUUAAAUAUCUUCUAAAGUAAAGUAUAAUGUUCCUAUACUGUAUAGCACUGUAAGAUGGGAUAGAAAUCUUUAUUCUAAAUAACAAAAAAUUAAUUCUUGGGUUUUUUUUUCCUUUGAAUUUUGCCACUCAUAAAUAUUUAUCAACAAUGUUAUCUCCCAAUUCUUGAAUUUUUUGACAGGUGAUUUACAGUUCAUCCUAAAACAGGGAAUUUGGGUGCACAUGUUUAAACACAUUUUGUUCACCAGGUAAAUAUGUUCACCAUGAAAACAGAUAUUUAUUUUUUCCAGGCUGUUUUAAAGAGCCUCCAGGUUUUGUUGGAUUUUGAGUCUGUCUACAGGAAAAAAAUCAGUAGAAAUACAGAUUUGAAUUUUUGAAUUAACAGAAUUUUCAAAGCCCUGUUUAUUUGGUUUUUGCCCAAAUAAUGUUUAAAUCAACUUAGAAAGGCAAUAAUGGGAUUUUUAGAGUAUUUUGCAUAUUUGAAAAGUAUAUUUUGCAGCACCUGAACUUGUCUACUUGAAGGGAAAGGCCAGAAAUUAAGUUAAAAGCAUCUCUUCUUUAUAAACCUGCGUAAUUUCCCACUUCUUUAAAAUAAGAGAUGAACUCUUAUUCCUUGAUUUGACUCAGCAGGAUAAUUAAGAGGUAAAAAUUGGAAAAAAACCAUUUUAUGAACAGUUCAAUGCCAGGAAUAUUGAGUAUUGUAGCAAAAGUUCCUCCAGGUUCUUUCCCUUCCAGAAAUGUUAUCAGAAAAGGACUUUCCUUAAGGGGUUUAGGGUUGUGUACAGAGAUAUAUUUUUAUUGAAAGUACUACUGAGAAGAGAAUUGGUGACAGAAACUACAAAAGUUUUUAUUAUAGCCCUGACCAGAGGCUGGAAAAUCCCCAAACUCACAGGGCACCCGAAUGUUGAAUAAUUACCACAUUUAUCUCUCCCACUCUUCCAAAAGCAUUUCUGACUUACUGAGCACAAAGGGGUGAAUCUGGAAUUAAGUAAAUAACAAAUAUGCAGCAGUUCUGUCUCGUCCAGCAGGGCUUUGGCCAUGCAGCAUCAAAUUUCACACAAGCAGCUGAACCUGAGCUUUUCUUGCUGUUCUUGCACUAUUUUAUCCCAUUCCAGCAGAAUCUCCUUGCACCUUGGAGCAAUGCAAGGGGAUGGGGAGGUGUCCCUUGGUCUCCUUCCAUUCCAGCCUGGCUGGGAAAGGUUUGGGAUAGGAAUUCCUGAGCCCCCACAGUGCCAUUGGCUGUUCUUGUCUUCCCAGGGCUGCACUCCUGUAUUUAUUUGUACAGUAAAUGAUGCACUUCAGGCACGAGACUGGUUCAAGACUAAACCUUGCUCGUGAGUCUCUGUGAGAGGAAACACUCAAGGCUGGCUACUGAAAGUGGAGCUGAGGCAGGGCGUGUUCCUGACAUUCCACCCAAAUGGAAAGAGCCAGAAUAAACUCAGCCUGGAAAUGAUACAAGGGGGUUCAGUCUCAUUUAUAGCACAGCAGGACUCCCAAAGGCUGGAGCAGGAUGCAAAGGAAUUCCCCUUUUUCUGAUCCUGAUGUCAGGAUCUUUCCGACCAUUUAGCCCACAUUUGAAUAAUAAUUUGUCGGAAUUUGGGGUCCCUGAGGUAAAAAAUUGGGGUGAGUUGUCCAUGAGGUCAAUCUCAGUGCAGGGAGACUCCAGAAGGUUGGAAAAUAAUGCAAAGGAAUUCCCAUUUUCUGAUCCUGAUGUCAGGAUCUUUCCAACCAUUUAGAGGGCAUUUUAAUAAUAAUAAUUAUAGUAAUAAUAAUAAUUUGUCUGUUGGGCAGAUUUGUAGGUCCCUUUGGUGAAAACUGGGGUUGUCUCCUGAAGUCAGUCUCAGUGCAGGGAGAUCCAAAAGAUUGGAAAAUGAAGGAAUUCCCAUGUUAUGAUCCUGCUGUCAGGAUCUUUCUGACCCUUUAGCCAGCAUUUGAACAAUAACCAUUUGUGUGUUGGGCAGAUUUUGGGGCCCCUGAGGUAAAACCUGGGCUUGAGUUGGCCACGAGGUCGAUCUCAGUGCAGCAGUGAUGGGGUGUGAGGGUGUGGGGGUCCCACAGCCCCCAGGAGCUGCAGCACACCUCCCACAGGAUUCCCAAAGGCCUCCUUCCAACCAGGAGCAGGAUGGAGUUCAGCUGGAACACCAAAUCCUCGGUGGGUACUCAGAUUUUAGCUGAUAACCAGAUUGAGAUAUGGAGGAGGAAAGAGAAGAGCCUAGAGCAGAAUUCAGGGCUCCCAGCUGAAGCUCCAUGAAGGUUUUUGUGGAAUUUGAAGAGCUGCCUUGGCAGUCACCGUGUGUGCUGGCUGGCUGGGGCUCGGGGGAGGGUCUGGGUGGAUUGGAAUUUUCCUUUGACUCUCCGUCCGUCGCGUGGAAUUCCUUCAAAAGGCCAAAUAGUUGGAUUGGAAGUGUCCUUCUGAUCUGUCUGUGUUUUGGUCACUGUGUGACUUGGACUGUUCAUGUGUUCAGAAGGUCCCAGCUCAGCUCAGCUGGGAAGCGUUCGCUUCCCGACGCUCUCAUCCCACCAUCCAUGGAUGCCGUGGAUCCCCAGAGCAAUCCCUUAAAAGUGCUUGGCUGACUUGGGCCUUAAUGAAGAAUGCAUACUGUAAUUAGCAGUGUUUUUUAGGCUAUUUUUAUGUAUUUUUUUAACUUUUCAAAUGAGCCUGACCACCCCGUGUUCAGUCUUUUGAAAUGUUUGCGUUUCCCUUGUCCCAUUUUUCAUGUAAAGUUACUGGAACUUUUCUGUAUAACCAAAAUGUAUUUAAUUUGUCAAAUCUUUAUAAUAUAUGUAUGUAUUAUACAGUUUCAACUCUUAUUAUUUUCUUUUCUUACAAUUCUAAUUUGAUCUUGCUGUGUUUUUAAUGCCGGUGAAUGUGGCUGAAUUAUUUGUAUAUGCAAAUUGCAAGAUCUAAUACAUUCUGAUGCAAGAACAAAA